CACUGCACCAAAAUAUCUUCUCCCAUCCAUUCAUCAAAUCAAAAACCUCCUCUCUCUCUCUCUCUCUCCCCCCUUAUCGCUUUGCUUUUUCAAAAGAAAAAAAAUGCCAAUCGCAGGCCUCCCUCUGUACACUCCCACGGCUCCAGUGGUGCCCAAAAGCUCGAACCCAAGAUCACCAUGCACUGGUUUCUCAGCGGCAGCUGCUAGGAGGUUGCACGAUAGAUAUUAUUCUGCAACAUGCAGGGCUUUCUCUUCUUCUUCAUCUUCCAUUAAUACAGUGGGUUUUGACCUUUAUGAUCUGCUGGGGAUCGACAGCUGCUCCGACCAAGUGCAUAUAAAAGCGGCGUACCGGUCGCUGCAGAAGCGGUGCCACCCUGACGUGGCGGGUCCGGCAGGCCACGACAUGGCCAUUAUACUCAACGAAGUAUACUCUAUUCUGUCCAAUCCAAAUUCUCGUUUGGCCUAUGAUAAGGAACAAGCCAAGAUGACAGAGCUCCGAGGGUAUACAGGGAAGCCCAUCUAUUCGGCAUGGUUCGGAGCAGAAAGCGAAGAGCGAGCAGUGUUCGUGGACGAAGUAAAGUGUGUAGGCUGCUUAAAAUGUGCCUUGUUUGCUGAAAAAACAUUCGCAAUCGAAGCCACUUAUGGAAGAGCUAGGGUUGUUGCACAAUGGGCUGAUCCUGAAGACAAAGUUCAAGAGGCCAUGGAUGCUUGCCCUGUGGACUGCAUCUCGAUUGUGGAAAGGUCGGAUUUGGCAGCCUUAGAAUUCCUAAUGUCAAAGCAACCACGAGGCAAUGUAAGAGUCGGUGCAAACAAUGCAGCAGGCACAGGUAUAUCCAAUAUAUAUGUUCACGCAAAGAAAUUCCAAAACAGAUUCCAAGACACCAUGGACAAAGCUUCUAGAAAGCAGUUUGCCUGGGAUACAGACCCCCAGAGGGAAGCAAGAAUGUCAGCUGUUCAAGCCAUCAGAUCAAUCUCAAGAUGGUUGUACUGGCAGUCACCCAAUAUAAGUACAGGAGGUGUUACGACAGAUCAAACUUGCCGUGGUCUACAACACAUUCAAAGAAAAUCACAUGUACCCAACGUUGAAAAAUUACGGGAAGCUGCUGCCAAUAGAAAACAGGUGAGAGAAAAAGCAAACAAGCUAACCAGUCGAACCCCAUCUGGUGAUAUAUGCAGGGAUGAGUAUUGGACUCCGCCAGUUCUUUCUCUUCCUGUCACAGUUGGAAACAGUUCUGGCUCUAGUAGUUCUGCCACGAAGUCUUCACCUAGUACAAAACACAAAGAGGCAUCAAUAUAUGAAGCUUAUAUGGUGAGUGAGAAGAAUCCUGUGAGCCCCUUGGUAUGGGGACUUGCCAUGGGGAUGGCGACGAUUGCAACUGGUAUAGCUCGAUUGCAAGUCGGAGAAGGAGCGGUGGAGGGAUUGAAAGAGCAUGUGGGAGGGUCAUUGGCAUUGGAGAUUGUUAAUAGCUCUUGGUUGCAGGUUAUUUUGGCUGGCGUUCCUUGGUAUCUCAUUGCAGUGGUGAUGGUGGAGAUCAUAACAAAAGCCCUGUGGAGGAGGGAUGUAUGAGAAAUAGGGAUGGCCCUGAACUCUGAUCUGUAUGGUACAUAAUAAGAUAGAUUUGAAUCAAAUGUAUUUGUAUAGAAGUAAGAUUUUAUAGAUGAUAUAGUUGUGAGGAUAUGUUGAAAAUAGAAAUAAAUUAACUCAGCAAA